GUGCGAGCCAAGUCGUCUGCCCCAGCCGCUUCCCUUUGCUCCUGGCCUGGUCCUGGUAUCCUCCUCCUCCUCCUCCUUCGUCUCUGUCUUCCUCUCACCAGAGACAGACAGGCGUCGUAUCAUCACUUUCACACCUUGCGUCUCACCCCUGUGCCUCCCAUACAGGACGUGGACGCUUCCAGUCUAUGUACAACGCGUACCAGGGGCGGCCCCCUCCGGGACUGACGCAACAGCAUCAUACCCCGCACCACCAUCAGACACCUCAUCACGGCCACCACGGUCAUCAACAGCAGCAGCAGCAGCAGCAACAGGCACCUCUGCCACCAUGGAGCACUUCCAAUGUCAAUAACAGCAGCAAUAGCAAUACUGGCAGUGGGAACCAGGCCGGCGGCGGAGCACAUCACCACAACACCUUCACUCCAGCUGCCCGCGGCUCGCCUGCUCUGCGACCACCAGCGGCUCCCAACGCCCCGCGCUCCUCGGCCGCAAUCCCCAUCAUCCGACCAGACGGCUCCAUCACCACCAGUGCCACACCCAGCACAGCCACCUCGCCUCUGCCAACUAUGAGAAAGGCAGGCUCAGCUUCGUCCGGCCUAGCCGCGGUGAGCAGUCCUACCCCGGGAAAGGCCACCGCAAGCGGCCUCUCCAAGGCGGCAGCAGGUGCAGCCGUCUUUGUGCCGAAGAGUGGAACUAGUGGAUCCCUCGGUAAGAACGAGGCAGACGGAUCUGCUACGCCUGCUGGCGAGUUCCGGGGCAUGAAUCUAGGCGCUGGAAGUGGUGGUGGUGGAGAGGGGAAUGGAGGACCGCCCGUGUUCGUUCCUUCGGGCAACGCGAACCCCUACGCGAGAGCUGUUACUGGUGGGCCAGGAUCCAGUGUGUUCACUCCCGCGAGUCAUAGUGGAAGGGGUACGCCGACGGGGUAUGGGAGCGGGGCAGGUCCAUCUGGGUAUGAUAGCGAAGGUUUAGGCGUGAGUAUAGCCUGAGCUCAUAUAAGAGGCAACGAAGAGGUGGAGCGACGGGAGGUACUGAGAUAUUGAUCUUCGAGCUGCUCUUCCCUGCUCCGUAUGCUCUGGGCUUUGUCUUUUCCCUCACCCAGAACGC